UGUUUCGUUAUUCUCAAUAUUUCAACUGCGUACCAGCGAUCGAGGGAGAAUGUUGAUUAAAGUAUCGAACGAGCCUUCCGACGAGAAGCCAAAGUCAAAAAACUUGCCGCCAGCGAUAAAUUUCCUUAAUGCAGGACUCUCGGGAAUGGCAGCAACUUGCUUCGUUCAUCCGAUGGACGUCAUAAAAAACCGCAUGCAGAUGAGCCAAAACGGUGUAACGAUCGGGCAAACUCUAACUUCCAUUUUCCACGCUGGUGGGCUGACCAAAUUUUAUGCUGGACUCUCAGCUGGCUUACUUAGACAAGCAACGUACACGACUGCGCGUCUCGGCAUUUAUAAUCAGUUGAAUGACAUAGAAUCGAACGAGGGCAGCCCGGGAAUAGGAACGCUCAUCCUGAUGGCUGGAACAGCUGGUUCGACGGGUGCAUUCGUGGGAACUCCUGCAGAAGUGGCACUCGUGAGGAUGUCAUCGGACGGGCGACUUCCAGCCGACCAGAGGAGAAAUUACAAGAACGUGGUCGACGCGUUUCUGCGAAUAAUAAGAGAAGAGGGCGCGACGACGCUGUGGCGGGGCAGCGUGGCAACGAUGGGGAGGGCUGCAGUCGUCAACGUUUCCCAGUUGGCCACUUACAGCCAAGCGAAAAUUCUCUUCAAUAAAAAAUUCGAUGUGCCGGAGGGGAUUGGCUUGCACUUUUCAGCUUCGAUGCUCUCUGGGAUUGUCACAGCCUUCAAUUCCAUGCCUUUUGACAUCGCGAAAACGAGGAUACAGAAUUUAGAGGGCAAAGGAAAGCCGCCGAACGUGCUGCACGUCAUAACAAAGAUAGCGAGAACCGAAGGAGUGACAGCCCUCUGGAAGGGCUUUUUGCCCACUUACUAUCGAAUAGGACCUCACACAGUCAUAACUUUCAUCUUCAACGAACAAUUCGCCAAACUUUAUCGUCAAACUUUCAUGAAAUGAUGCCUGGACCGAUGACAUCGGAGCUGGGUUUCGUCUCAACAAAAAUUCAUUCACCGCUUGCUCCUCCAUUCAAGAAACGUUUAUUGAUGUGAAUACAGAAGUGUAAAGACUCCCGAGCUGGUCCAUCGUUAUCAUCGUGAUGGCGGUGUUGGGUCCGGCUCUCAAAUAGUAGGGCACGAGUCCUCGCCAUAAACUGAAGAAACCGUCGGUUCUUGCCAUUCUCACGAAAACUUUCCACAUUCCUGGUGGCUUUUUGGGACUGUGCCAGCUUUGGAUUCUAUCGAAUGACAAGAAAUUUGGGAUUUCUUGGUUACUUUUAUUUAUGAAGGGAAAAACAGUUUGUUUGGGAGGACUAACGCUCCUCGAAAUAUUCUGCAAUUGAAAGA